AAAUUUUAAAUAUAACAAAAUUUUUAAAAGUGCACUUGAAUGGAAGGUUAAUAUAUAAUAUUAAAUUACUAAUGUCAUUUUUUAUAAGAAUAACUUUUUUGAUUUUUAGUCAUGGCUUGAAAAAAUCUGUUAUCGUUGGAAUUGGUCACAUACAAAAUCACCAUUAAUAUGGAAAAAAGUUGGUUUAUCUAAAAAUAAUGUUACUUAUAUUGGAGAUGUAUGAAACAAUGUUGAAAUUACCAUCUGUGAAAACGUCACUUAUACAACAUCGUUGCAUUACAGUAUUAGGUGCUGGCAAAGCAUUAUGUGUAGACUUAAUACCACAAUUAAUAACAAUAAAAGAAUUAUGGUUAACGCAUGGUAUCAUCAUUAAUUUAUAUGACGAACCUGGUUGUUAUUUUAAAAUUAAACACAUUGUUCAAGAUAUGGAGGCAAUAGGAGCUGGUUUAUAUGUAGCAAGAAUUAUAAAAAAUAUUUCAGAUGGAUUAUAUGAUUGUGAUAUAUUAAUUAAUUUAGAUAUUGUAUCAAAGUAUGUUUUUGUAUUCUUUAAUGUUUUAAGAAAGCCUAAAGUACAUGUUGAGAUAAUUUUAGAGAAGAAAAUGAAAGUACUACUUCUUGGUUACGUAAUAAUUAUAAUAGUAUGGCUAAAUUAGCAAAGCAGAUAAACAGAUACGCAUCUCCUGAAAUGAAAGUACUUUUUUGUUCAAUGAGUGCAAGUUGUUUCUGUGUAAAUGUGCUUCAUGCUUUAGUGACUAAAUUACCAAAGACUA